AUGGCACGUGGAGAUACAAUGCGUUGGUCGCGGAUCCUACUCCGCUUCUUGCAGUUUGCACUGUCGCUUGUAGCACUCGCGACACUGUCGAGAGCUUUCGUUGGGGCCUCGUACUAUGGAUAUUCGAGUAUGUUGGGAAGCCGAGCAGCGACGUAUGCGACCCUGGUGACGUACACGGGCAUGUUGGUGGGCUUGUUCCUGCUUUUGCUGGUGGAGGUGAUGCGAUUUUACUCGCGUCCGACUCCGCACUAUGUGGAACAGCUGAUUGACCUCCUACUAGCUGCCAUGCUCGUGGUUGCUGGCAUCGUGCUGGUUGUCUCGGACUACGUGGCCAACUGCUCGGUAUACGGGUAUAUGCUGCGCUGCAACCAGUUGAAGACCGCCGUGGUCUUCACGUUCCUCGCGUCACUGGCAUAUUUCGUGUCGUUUCUUGUCAAUUGCUGUGAGUCUUUCAUGGGCCCUCGGGCUCACGACGGAGAACGCAGUGACUCGGAUAAUGCGACCAUGGGACGUGGACACCCGAAUGCUGGGGGAUAUACCGCUGGGACGACGCCGACUGGAGCCUCGACCCCCAAAGAUGUAUCCAACCGAGUGUAA